AUGACCGCGGCGCGGAGAGACCGAGGGAGGACCCCGCGCAGGCGCAGCCGAGCCCUCUGGGCUGCCCGCGGCGCGCCUGAGUGGCGCGGCUGCAGGCUCCGCCGAGACCCAGGGACCCGGAAGAAACUGCCUUGUAACAGGUCCCGCCCCUCUCUCUACUCCCUUUCUUAUAUCAAGAGGGGAAAAACACGGAACUACCUCUACCCCAUCUGGUCACCAUACGCCUAUUACCUCUACUGUUACAAAUACCAGAUCACCCUCCGGGAGAAGAUGCUGCCUUGUUGUUACAAAAGCAUCACGUAUAAAGAACAGGAGGACCUGACACUCCGGCCCCAACGCUGCUGCCUCCCGUGCUGCGUCCCGUGCUGCCUCCAGUGCUCCGAGUCCCUAGGAGGCCUCCAGGUGGGCAGAAGCACUGAGCAGGAAAAAGACCACGGCCAGCUUAAAGAACUGUAUUCAGCUGGGAACCUGACAGUGCUAACAACUGACCCCCUGCUUCACCAAGAUCCAGUUCAGUUAGACUUCCGCUUCCGUCUCACCCCCCAUUCCUCUGCUCAUUGGCACGGCCUUCUGUGUGACCACCGACUCUUCCUGGAUAUCCCAUAUCAGACCUUGGAUCAAGGCAACCGAGAAAGUUUGACAGCAACACUGGAGUAUGUGGAGGAGAAGACCAAUGUGGACUCUGUGUUUGUGAACUUCCAAAAAGAUCGGAAGGACAGAGGUGCCCUGCUGCGAGCCUUUAGCUACAUGGGCUUUGAGGUGGUCAGACCAGAUCAUCCUGCUCUCCCUCCCUGGGACAAUGUCAUCUUCAUGGUGUAUCCCCUUGAAAGGGACCUUGGCCGGCCUGGCCAGUGAGCCUUCCUGAACAUGUUUGUUCCAUCUCUGUGAGGGGCCAGAAACCUCAACACACGGGACUCUGGGGCCCAGGAUGUGACUUAAGACACUUCCAUCCUAGGAAAUAAAGAUAGUGCAAUCAAA